GCCGCCGGCCCACACCUUGCAUCCAUCACAACCACCCUCCCCCUCCGCGCUGUGGUUCCUUCGAUUGCUGGUGCAUCACAGACAGUGCUUGCUGCUACUGCUGUUGCUACGGCUGUCCGUCUCGCCGGUCGUCCCCCGGUGACGCAAGGCCCGUCAUUACUCGAUACGCGGUCCAACCCCGCACGCCGCGCACACACCGCGCACACCGCGCACAGCACAGCAGCGGGCACUAGCAACCGUGUCCAUCUACCUACUCACGAUGCAAGGCCUCAACGCGCUGCGCACGUACGCCGAGACGGCCAAUCCCGCAGCCGACAUCCCCCCCUCGACGCUCCUUCUCGAGACGCCGCACUGCAUCGCAAUCUUUGACGCCUACCCAAAGGCCCGGUACCAUUUCCUCGUGCUCCCCCGCCUUCCUUGCGACCACCUCGAUUCUUCUUCUCCGCCGAUUACGGCGCGGGACUUGGACAGCCUCGCAAGCCUCUUGCGACAUCCUGCCCGGGAUGCCGUCCUCGCUGCCGUGCGCGACGCUGCUACCGAGGUCCAAGAGAUGAUCAGGGACGAGAUGCACAAGACGGAGGGAUGGCAAUGGCCAGUCUCAGUUCCCGUCACGCUGGCCGGCCUCGCUUCGAGCAGAGGUCUCUCUAUCCCCUUCACCCGCCUCUGGCUCCGCAUUUCCUCCCCCGGCCGCACGUUGCCCGCAGAAACCAAUGCUCAUGUCCUGCCCCCCCUCCCCAGGCUCGCCGGGUUUCAUGCGGUUCCUUCAAUGAGACACCUCCAUCUGCACGUCAUGUCAAACGACCUAGCGUCCCCGUCCCUCAAGACGAAGAAGCACUACAACUCGUUCCGCCCCGACCACGGGUUCUUCAUUAGCCUAGCCGAGGUCGAGUCGUGGUGUUCCGAUCCCGGCGUUGCAGAGCGACAGGCUGGGAUGCUUGAGAGCAGGGAGCAGCUCCUCCGCGAUCCGCUCGUUUGCUUCAAGUGUCAUGCCGAGUUCCGCAACAUGCCCUUGCUCAAGGAGCACCUCGAGGCCGAGCUGGCCAAGGAACGUCGUGCUGCGGGCCGAAAUUGAAAGCAGCCAGCUUGCGUGCGUGCGGCAACAUUGUGGUGGUUGUCGCCGCACGAGAUCGACUACAUAGACAGACAAGCAUUUAGCAUUUGCGUUUAGGAACACUGUCACGUGAUAUUCCAUUCCCC